CUGGUCCCCCUUCCCGCGCGGGGCAAGCGGGAGGGAGCUGCUCUGGUUUCCCAAGCGCCUCCCGAGGCGGUCGCAGGAGUCCUGCCGCGCUGUGUCAGGCCCUGCUCCGCCUUGCUCAGUGUCCAGCGCCAUUGGGGCCCACGGGAGCGGUCGUUAUCCACCUUCGCCCCUCGCUCCCGCCCGAUUUUUCUUUCUGAGCUGUCCCCAGUACCCGGUUGCUGUGCCGUUAGUAACCUCCUACGUUAAAGGCGGCUUAUAAUAUUACUUAGUGGGCAUUGGCCUGCAUUCCCCCAUGGGCAGAGCUGAAACUUUGAAAAGGGGUGCAGAUAGUGCAGAGGUCCUGUCACAUAACACAUUUUUUCCCGGGUUCAGAAUAAACUUGAAGCUUUCCUGUGUCCUCGUGGCAGGGUAUUUAGCAGAAUUUGUUGGAAUCUGACAGGGCUGCACCUUGAGCACUUCUGUCACGGCCUCAGACUUGUGACUUUUGAGCUGCCAGCCAUGUGCCUUAGCACCCACACUGCCUAAGCCCUAAAGUCUUACUGCUGUGCUACGGGCCUUAGGCUGUCUUACUUAGUUUAAGAUUGAGGUGAGAAUAAAAAUAGCUUCAUUUGGGAUGACUUGAAAACAGUCUGUGGGGCUGUGAAAUGGGAGCGCUGUUACCAGGAGCAGCUAACAGACAGAGGAAUUGCAGAUGAACGAUUAGCUUGAUUGCUGAAACAUCAAGACUCUUAGAAAAGAGAGAAAGUUAUUAACACGUCCGGAAUGAAGAGUUUAGAAGUGAUCCAGUAGGUUAGAAUGAGCCAUGACAUCAACUGACUCCCUCAGCACUGCUGCACUUGAAAUGCUGCAGCCACUGCCAGACUCGAAGGACUAUCAGAAUCUGCCAAUUGACAUCCAGACUAGCAAGCUCCUAGACUGGCUGGUAGACAGGAGACACUGCAAUCUAAAAUGGCAGACGCACAUGCUGCACAUCCGCGAGAAGAUCAACACGGCCAUCCAAGACAUGCCCGAGAGCGAGGAGAUAAAGCAGCUUCUCUCGGGAUCCUAUAUUCACUACUUCCACUGCCUGAGGAUUGUGGACAUUCUUAAAGGGACAGAAGCCUCCACUAAAAAUAUCUUUGGCCGCUACUCUUCCCAGCGCAUGAAGGACUGGCAGGAGGUCGUGUCCCUGUAUGAGAAGGAAAAUGCCUACCUAGCAGAGCUCGCUAGCCUCCUUGUGCGCAACGUCAGCUAUGAGAUCCCGUCCCUGAAGAAGCAGAUCAGCAAGUGCCAGCAGCUGCAACAGGAGUAUAGCCGCAAGGAGGAAGAGUGCCAGCUGGGGGCUGCUGAGAUGAGGGAACGCUUCUACACCUCCUGCAAACAGUACGGCAUUACUGGGAAUAAUGUGCGCCGGGAGCUCCUGGCCUUGGUGAAGGACCUGCCAUCACAACUGGCAGAGAUUGGGGCUGGGGCCAAGGUGCUCUCAGAAGCCAUCGAGCUGUACCAGGCCUGUGUGCAGUUUGUGUGUGAGAGCUCCACAGAGCAGGUGGUGCCCAUGCUGAGACACGUGCAGGAGCGUGGGGACACAACCAUCUACGAGUGGAGGAAGGGGGUCAAGCCCACCACUGUGGAGCGCCCACACAUGGAGGAGGUGUCGGAGCAGCAGGAUGAGGAGGCGAUUGACUGGGGAGACUUUGCAGUGGAGUCGGUGCCAGUUCUGGAUGCAGCUGAUUAUGGCAUCUCCACUGAAGAUGGAGCCCAGGUUGAAGAGAUUGACUGGGGCAUCUCAUUGGAGCCUGCCCCCCAGGGAGCUGUCGGCGAUGGGAUCGACUGGGGCAGUGGGGACAGCGAGACGGUGCAGAUCACAGUGCUGGAGACUGGGACCCAGGUGUCAGAGGGAGUUGCCCGAGGCCCUGAUGCUCUGACCGUCCUGGAGAACCCUGAGACCCGGAGCCAGUUUAUCGAUGAGCUCAUGGAGCUGGAGACCUUUCUAUCCCAACGCAUUGUGGAGAUGAGUGAAGAGGCAGAUGUUCUAUCUGUGAGCCAGUUCCAGUUGGCUCCACCUAUCCUGCAGGGCCAGACUAGGGAGAAGGUGGCAGACAGUCUGUCAGUCAUCCAGGACCUGAUUGGGCGGCUGACCAACCUACGGAUGCAGCACCUAUUCAUGAUCCUCGCCUCCCCAAGGUACGUGGACCGUGUGAGCGACCUCCUGCGGCAGAAGCUGAAGCAGGCAGACUUGCUAGUGCUGAAGAAGGAACUCAUGGUGCAGAAGAGGGAGGAGGCGCUGGCAGAGCAGGGUGCCUUGGAGCCCAGGCUCGACCUGCUUGUACAGAAAACCAAGGAGCUGCAGAAACUAAUCGAAGCAGACAUUUCCAAACGGUACAGCGGGCGACCUGUGAAUCUGAUGGGCACGUCCCUGUGAUGCCCCCUCGGCCACCCAGCGCUACUACCCUGGGGCUGGAACAGGGGUCACCCCAUGGAGUUGGAACAGAUAAGACUUUCCCAGUGCUCCACCACCUGGGACUUGCCAGUUUGUUGCUCACGUUUUAGUGAGCAGGUGUUUCUAGGCACUGGGCUUUACAGCUUGUGGCCUUCCUGUGGCUCCGUGCAGGUGGGAAGGGGUUGCUUUAAUAAAGCAGGGGAGCCUGCUACA